CAAAACUAAAAAAUUACAACAAUACCUAAACCUAAUUCAGUUUUCACUUUCUUCUUCUCUCUUCCAGCUGCGUUUCUCUCUCUUCCAUCCGCGUAUCUCUCUCCCUUUUGCAUACAACCUUCUUCUCUCCCUCCUGUAGAAUCAGAUUCACGACCACAAACGCGCGGCCGCCUCUGCCAGAUUACGAAUCACGAAACGCUCCUCUACUCGCUGCGGGCCUGCGGCCGCCUCUGCCUGACUGCCUCCGUGGCGGUGGCUGUUCGUCGCUCUUGCCUUUCUGUUCACCUCUCUAUUUUCCUGUUUCCGGCCACCUCAAGUUCAACCACAAAAAAUCAGUGUGAUAUCUUUAUUGAUCAACUUUGUUUUAAUUUCUGGACACUUUCACCGGCAACCACCAGUUUAUUUUAUUUAUCUCGUAGUUUGGAGGAAUAGGGUAAGAAGGGAUGGCUCGAGAUGGGAGCGUUGUCCCUGCGGACCCACAGGCUAUGGUUGUUGUGAAAAAGAAGACCCAAACUUCGAGAAGUUGGAUUUUGAUUGAUGCUAUGGGUCAAGGGUCGAUGCUUGAUGUUGACAAGUAUGCUAUCAUGCAUAGGGUUCAGAUUAAUGCACGUGAUCUUAGAAUCCUUGAUCCUUUGCUUUCUUACCCUUCUACCAUUCUUGGUCGUGAGAAGGCUAUUGUGCUUAACUUGGAGCAUAUCAAGGCAAUUAUCACAGCUGAAGAGGUAUUGCUGCGAGAUCCGACAGAUGAAAAUGUGGUCCCUGUUGUUGAAGAACUGCAGAGGCGAUUGCCUAAACUGAGUGACAUUCAUCAACAACAAGGAGAUGGUAAAGAGUAUAUUGGUUGUCAACACGAUGCUGAAGCUGCUGAUGAAGAUGAGUCACCGUUUGAGUUCCGCGCCCUGGAGGUUGCUUUAGAAGCCAUUUGUAGUUUUCUUGCUGCACGCACAUAUGAGUUGGAGCUGAUUGCUUAUCCUGCAUUAGACGAACUUACCUCCAAGAUUAGUAGUCGUAAUUUGGACAGAGUUCGUAAAAUGAAGAGUGCAAUGACAAGGCUGAAUGCUCGGGUACAAAAGGUCAGAGAUGAGCUCGAACAAUUGCUGGAUGACGACGAUGAUAUGGCUGACCUAUACCUGUCGAGAAAGGCAGGUUCAGUGUCACCAGUUAGUGGAUCAGGUGCUGCAAAUUGGUUUGCUACCUCCCCAACCAAUGGAUCAAAAAUAUCCAGAGCAAGUAGAGCAAGUAUUGCAACAGCUCGUUUUGAUGAAAAUGAUGUGGAAGAGCUUGAAAUGUUACUGGAGGCUUAUUUCAUGCAAAUUGAUAGCACAUUAAACAAAUUAAACACACUGCGAGAGUAUAUUGAUGAUACCGAAGAUUACAUUAACAUUCAACUCGACAACCAUCGAAAUCAGCUUAUUCAGUUAGAGCUCUUUCUUAGCUCUGGAACUGUUUGCCUAUCUUUCUACUCUCUGGUGGCUGGUAUUUUUGGAAUGAACAUCCCAUACAGUUGGAAUGACAACCAUGGUUACAUGUUCAAAUGGGUAGUUAUUGUCUCAGGAGCAUUUUCAGCUAUUAUGUUUCUCAUGAUUACCAUCUAUGCUCGGAAAAAGGGGCUGAUUGGAUCAUGAAAAUCAAUAUGUUGAAAAGGUGCAGAGAAUGAACUUUACAUAUGGUCCAGAAUGAUGAUUCAAGAUCUUGUCAAUAUAUUUAAGAUUACAUUAAAGGGUAUAUAAUGCAAGCUUUUAGUUCUUAGGGUUGAUACGGAGCUGGUGUUUGCCUGGCAGGUCUGCAAUAACCUCAAAUAUACAGAUCCAGAGUUGAUUUUUGUUUUUUGUUUUGAAUAAUUUUAAGGCCUUGAUAUGUGAUUAAAUUUAGUUGAAUAUAUUAUUAAUCUUUAUACGCAAUUUUUUUGUAGUUAAUGUAAUGAUAUUUUUCUUUUGUUAACUUCAUGUAAACAUGGAUGAGAUAAGUAUUAUAAAUAAAUUCGGACACCGUUAUGAUCGAGCCAGUAAA